AAAGUGAGAAAACUUUUUUUGAUAUAAAACUCGAGAAGAGAUGGCAGCGAUUGCGGCGAAAGUACCGACUCUGACACUGAACGACGGCAGACAGUUCCCCAUCGUAGGUCUGGGCACUUAUGAGGCACCUCCCGGUGUGGUGGAGAACGUGGUGCGGGUGGCGGUGGACGCCGGCUAUCGACACUUCGAUUGCGCCGACUUCUACGAGAACGAGCACGAAGUGGGUCGGGCUCUCAGGGAUGCCAUCCGUGAGGGCAAAGUGACGCGCGACCAGCUCUUCAUUACGACCAAAGUGUGGCCCAAUUGGCACGGGAGGGGUCGACCCACUCUGAGUGUUCAGCGGAGUCUCAAGAACCUGGGUCUGCCAUACGUCGACCUAUUGCUCAUCCAUUGGCCCACACCUUUCAAACAGGUGGACAACGACUUCUACCCCCAGGACGCCAGUGGACAGGUGUUGUUUGAUGAGUCCAUACAACUGGUCGAUGUCUGGAAGGAAUUCGAGCAAAUCAAGAGAGACGGUCUGACGCGCUCUAUCGGUGUCUCAAACUUCAACUCCGAGCAGAUCGCGGACCUCAUUAAGAACUCGUCUACCGUUCCUGCGGUCAAUCAAGUGGAGUGCCACCCAUACCUAAGCCAAGAGAAACUGCUAGAGUGGUGCCGCCAACGGGGCAUCCAUUUGACGGCGUACUCACCGCUGGCCAGGACUGGAACCGCCGAAGAGAAGAACACCACUUCGCCGCUCGACAUACCGCUGAUCAAGGAGUUGGCGGCCAAGUAUGGCGUGAGUCCGGCAGCCAUUUGCAUCAAAUGGCAGACACAACGAGGAGUGGCCGUCAUUCCCAAGAGCGCCACCAAAGAGAGGAUCGUCUCUAAUAUCAAUAUAUUUCACUUCAAUCUGACGGACGGCGAAGUGAAAGCAAUCAAUGGUCUGAACAAAGACUGGAGGAAUAAUACGUGGUCUCAGUUCGGCAUUAAUAAGAGUAAGAACUGGCCCUUCAAUAUACCCUUCUAAGGGGUUCACCGGUUAUACCGAUAUAUGAAUUAUAGUUCGUCUAAAGCCUUAUACGAGCAGUCAAUCAAACAAUAAAAGUGCAAUAAAUGAGAAAUUAAACAAAAAUAUUAUGUUUUAUUGAUUUCUAAAAGUUAUAAAAGUCGUGUUUUAAUAGAG